CUCAUGUCCGCGAGCUCACGCUGCGCGCGCUGCAGUCGCAACAACAGGGCGCCGCCGAGGGCGACAUUUGAAUUCGAAUUCUCAAAAUUAACUGUGCCUCUGCACGAUAUCUACGAUGUAUCGCCGAUCAAAAUCGUGCAGAAAAGUGCCGGAACGCACGAUGACAAGAAGUGACAUAUUUAAACUUGUACAGGGUAUCCGAACUAAGAAGCACAGAGAUUCUGCGCCUUCAGAUGAAUUAUCUGACAAGUCGGAAGAAUCGCUGUCGCAAGACCCUUCCAAUGAGGACCUUAAUAGUAAAGAAAUGAGAAGUGGCCUGAAUGUAUGCGUAUUCCCGUGUAACAAUCCAAUCGAACAUGUCAUCGCAGAAUGUUAUAGACACGCCAAACACGGCCGAGGUUUAUCGACAGAAAAUUCGCAGUCAGCUGGGAGUGAGGAACUAAGCUUGUCUACGUGCGAGAACCUCUUGAGCCAAGUAGCGAAGAAAAUAGAGGAGCUUCAAAACGAGAUGAAACUCUAUCAGGCCCAGAAUGAACACCUGAAGAAUCAGCAACAGCAGUACCACCAGAUGUUGAGCAAGCUUCAGAAGGAGAAAGAUGAAUUUGAGGCACACAAGGAAAAAGAAACUGCCAAGCUGAGAAGUGAGAUUGAAGAAGAAAAGAAAAAAAUUAGGAGACAGCGGCACCGGCAAACUCUCAACACAGUCACCAAGGUAGAAGCGAAACAGUCUGCUUCAGGUUCUAAAGACAAGGAUAGAGAAGCACAGAGCCAGAUCCAGCGAAAAGUGAAUAUAUUGACGAGUGAGAAUGGGCGCCUGAAACACAAGUUGCAACUUGCUGACCAAGAGAAAGAUUCCUUGAAGGCCAUGGUGAAGGAACUAGAGGAGCAAAGAAUAGCUCUGCUGGAAAAAAUGUCUGAGCUAAAGUGCUAUCCAAGCCUAAACGAACUGUCGCCAGCUUCGCACUUUGUCAUGCCCAUGUUCAUACCUGCAUCUGGCUCUGCGCAGUUGGCAUUGGAAAGUGCGCAGGGAGACAGCGUAUGUAUGGAGCCGAAAAACUGCAAGGAAACUGUGCUUGACAUUGGUAGCCUAGUGGAAUCGGAUGUGACACCCGCAUCUGAGCCACCAAGUGUCAUUUCGGCUUCUGUCGUCACACGCCUCUCCCUUGACGGCAGCUCUGACAGCACUCAGAAGCUCUCUCGGAGCCAGUCCUCCAAAACAGUGAGGUUUGCUGCAGAUGUACAUACAAGUCGGAGUGCUAGCAGUGUAAUGGACAGUACUGGUGCAACUGCUGCAGUGGACUAUCAAAGUGAGCAUGUGCAAGGUCCCUCAGAUCAGUCUGUUGAGCAAGGAUUGACAGAUGUUUGCAUUAGUUAUAGAGAAAUCAACUCAGUCCAGAAGUUACAGGGGGCACACUCAAGAGAAGGGACUAUAAAAAAUGACCACCUUCCAGAGUGCAUAUCAAAGGUGACAAAAGUGGGAUUGGUCACCAAAGAAAUACUGACAAGCACAUCAUUCGGAAGGCCCUCAGCAGAUGUUCUGCAUUCUGAUGGACCUAGUUCAGGUAAAGAGAGACAAAAAGGCACCACUUCAGUCUCUGGUUUUGGUGGGAAAAGUGAAGGGCAAAACAGAUGUGUCAGUGCUGACAUUGAGGGCCCAGGGUGUGGUUACAAACAAGGAAAGUCAUCCCACAACGAGGAGAAAGUCAUUGAAACAACUGACCAAGCGUAUUGGAAACUAGUUAAAGAUUCUCAAUGCUGUGGACGCAUGGGCAGUGAAAUUAAUAUUCCAAAAGAUGGGGAUCAUUCAGAAUGGGAGUCUUAUGAGGAGCCUGAACAAAGUUUACUUGUAUGUGAUACUCAGUCUGCAAAGGACGCGAAAUGUUUGGAGGUUGAAAUUGGCGAUUCUGUUAAAAAACACGAAACUGAGAGCCAAAUCACGCAAGGCAGUGUUGUUCAUAAUGAGAACCAAAAUGCAGAGAAAGCUGGAAGCAGCCUUCAAGAAUUUGUUGAGAAGCUAGGUGAACAGUGCUUAUUGCAAGCUCCAAAAGCAAUGUCGCAGUGUUUUCUGCAAGACCGGCAAGCACCACAGGGUGCAAAUCUUUGGGAACGGCCAGUUAUAUUAACAUCGGCAUUACGCCUCUCCUCAGACAAGAAAGUUAGCUUGCUAGGAAAUAAAUGUUCGCCAGCAUACACUGCAAGCGAAGAUACCAGAGACUUGUGCAAGAUGACGAGAGCACGCAAGUCCCAGUCUGCUCAGAUUCAGUCGCCCAGCCUUAUGCGAGACCUUGACAAGGACAGCAGCCGCACGUGGGCUCUCGAUUCCAACGGUCACAAAAUGUUGCUCACUGUUGUGUCCAAAGAGAUUGAUCCAUUUACGCAAGUCAUCGUCUAUAAGUUUCAGAACGGGGACCAAAAAGACCUGUAUCCUGAUGGGAAAGUGGUCUAUCACUAUGCAAAGAGUCGGACUGUUCACUCAGUUUACCCUUGUGGCAAGAAAGAAAUCAAGUUUUCCAACGGUCAAGUUGAGACGCACAGCGUGGAUGGAAAUGUUGAGGUUGCAUACCCGGACGGCACCGUGCGCCGUAUCCUCUGUACUGGAGAAGAGGAACAGAAGACGCCAGAUGGUAUCGUGGCUCGGAGACUCAGAGAUGGCACAGAAACAAUCGAUUACCCAAAUGGCCAAAAGGAGGUUCGCAGUGAACAUUACAGGAGCCGAUACUACCCAAACGGCACCGUCAAGACAGUUUAUGUGGAUGGGAAGCAAGUUACCAGGUAUCCCAAUGGACGAGUUAGAGUCAAAGAAGCGGAUGGCACCAUCAGAGGGUAGUAGGAAUAAGGUGCUGGCACUCUGAUUCAGGUUGAUAUUCUCACAUACUACUGCCUGCUGUGUGACCAGGACCUUGUCUUUUUAUAAAUUUAGCAAUAUUUAUUGCAUGCCAUCACGCCUUAUAGUGUCUUCAAAAGCAGUAAAUGUAUAGUAUGCAUGCACAAAAAGAUGCACAUAAAAGCCAACAUCUUUUAUUCUUAAAUUUGUUGUUUCGACUUCCACAAGGACUACAGGGCUGCCUCUCAUACAAGUGCCUUGCCUUUUUUCAAGCUGUUCAUCAUCCACUCCAGUUUGGUUUACAUGCUCUAGUAUCUUCUCUGCUUGUAAUGCUCAUUUUACUGGAAUAUUAAGGGUAAUGUAUGAA